AUGUUUGGAGGCCAAAACCGGACCCCCGGGUUCGGUGCAUCAACGAGUAGCAGCCCCUUUGGAAGCGGCACGGCUACUGCUGGCGGCGGUGGAUUUGGUGCUGGCAGUGCUGGCAGUGGUGGCUUCGGAGCAGGAAACACGGGUGGGGCUUUUGGCGGCUCCGGAGGUGGAAUGUUUGGUGCCAACAAGACUGGCACCGGUUUUGGCGGCGCAACUGGUACCGGCGGAUUUGGCGCCGGCGCCAGCACCCCCGCCAGCACCGGUACCGGCUUUGGAGGUGGCGGUGCAGGUUUUGGCGGCGCGACCGGUACGGCUUUCAACCAGGCGGUUCCUCCCUCGGAGGGUACCGGGGGGACCCCAUUCAGCCCCUUCACCGAGAAAGAUGGCUCCUCGAGCGUGACCAACCACUACCAGAGCAUCAGCUUCAUGCAACCGUACAGCAAGUAUUCCUUCGAGGAACUUCGAGUGGCCGAUUACAGCCAGGGUCGCAGAUUCGGGAACGGCAGUGGACAGGCCGGGGCCUUUGGAACCUCUGCCUUUGGCAGUAGUGCCGGGACGGGCUUUGGCCAGCAGCAGCCGUCCACCACAGGCUUUGGAAGCACUCCGUCGGCUUUCGGCGCGAGCACCAGCGCCCCAUCCGGCUUUGGCCAAACCACCCAGACUGCUGGUGGCUUUGGAUCGACUCCGUCCAACCCCUUGUUCGGGGCCAAUAAGCCGGCUACUUCCUUGUUCGGAGGCGGAGCUGUCGCAGCUCCUGCCCAACCCAGCGGAGGUCUGUUCGGCGGCGCCGCUGGUGCUACAGGGACGACCGGCGGGUUUGGAAACACGGGAACCACCGGUGGGUUUGGCGCCGGAGCCACAGGGGGCAGCUCGCUCUUUGGCGGGGCCAACGCCAACCAACAACAGAACAAGCCUCUCUUUGGCGGUGGCGCCUCGACCGGCUCGACAGGAACCGGGCUGGGCGGCUUCGGGCAACAGAAUACCGGCACUUCAUCCUCCCUCUUUGGCGGCGGCGCAGCCUCGUCCUCUCCCUUUGGCGGCGGCCAGCAGCAGCAGCAGCAGCAGCAGCAGCAGACCGGAACGACGGGCUUUGGCGGGUUUGGGCAACAGAAUCAGGCCCAGAAUCAGGCCCAGCCACAAAACAAAGGCCUGUUCGGUGGCGGUGGUCUUGGCGCCGGCACCCAACAACCGUCGACCACCCCGAGCCUGUUCGGCGGCGGCGCUGGCACGACGGGUUCCUCGCUCUUCGGACAGAAUAAUCAGCAGCCGCAACAGCAGCAACAACCGGCGGCGGGUAGCUCGCUCUUCGGCGGGGGCGCCAACCAGCAGUCUGGAACCAGCUCUCUCUUCGGCGGCGGAGCCCAACCGCAGCAGCCGGCUCAGAAGAGCCUUUUCGGGGGCGGCGCGGCGACGGGUACCGGCACCGGUUUCGGGGGUGCUUUUGGAAACACGCAACCCCAACAGGCUGGAGCCGGUGCAGGCCUGUUCGGUGGGGCUCAGCCUCAGCAGCAACAGAAGCCGAGUCUUUUCGGUGGCUCCACGGGCACCGGUGGCUCUCUGUUCGGUGGCUCCGGCGCACCGGCUCAAAACACGGCUGGCGGCGGCCUGGGCACCUCGAGCCUUUUUGGCAACUCCCAGCAGGCGCAGGCGCAGCAAGCGCAGCAACCCCAGCAGCCUGCCCCGGGCAGUCUGCAGGCCUCCCUCCUCGACGCGAACCCGUACGGCAACCACGCACAGAGCCCGGGCCCGUUGGCGACGCCGCUCUCCUCGACCAACAAGCAGAAACAGCGGACCCCCUUGCCCGUGCACAAGAUCACCCCGAGCGCGGCCAAUCGCCUCAUCACCCCGCCCAAACGCCAAGGCUACGGGUUCAGCUACUCCACCUACGGAUCCCCCUCCAGCAACGCCAGUACCCCCAAUGGCCUCGGCAGUGGUCUGCUGGCCGCCAACAGCAUGCGCGGAAGCCUGGGCGGCAGUCUGGGACGCGGCAGUUUCAGCAAGAGCUUCUCAACGAGCAAUCUGCGCAAGACCUUCGAUCCGGAGACCGAUAGCGUUCUGUCGCCCGGAGCGCUUUCCAGCGGUCCUUCCCGUCUGCCGAGCGGGAACUUGAAGCGUCUGACCAUUGACCGCAGCCUGCGUAAUGACCUCUUCUCGCGCCCCGCCAGCACCUCGGCCGCGCCCAUCACCAACGGUGACGAAUUCAUCGCGCCGGGCGACAAAAUGAAGAAGAAGGUCAGCUUCGAGGCUCCGUCUCCAUCGGACACGGCGAGCGAUUCCGAGAUCGUGCCCAUUCAAGCGUCCAGCUCCGAGCCCACCCCCGAGGAGCUGGGUUUCUUGCGGUCGAUCCGCAAAAGCGGCACCAUCAACGGCAUCAGCAACAUCAACGGCGCCAAGCCGACCCCGGACAGUGUAAUUCGUCCCGACAUCGAACCCCUCCGCACGGAUCUUGCCUCGGUGCCCGAAGAUGCCGAACAGGCGGCGUCCGCGGACGGUCCCACCCGACUGGCCUUUAUCCCCAGUGGUGACCCCAAGCCCGGCGACUAUUGGAUGACGCCCUCGCGGGCCGAGAUCGCCAAGAUGCCCCGGGACCAGCAGAAGCGGAUGGUGGGACUGACGGUGGGUCGCGAGCGAUGUGGGCAGGUGACCUUCGACGAGCCGGUCGACCUGACGACCAUCGAUCUGGACCAGAUCUUCGGUGGCUUGGUGGAGAUUGGCGUGCGCAAGAUUACCGUGUAUCCCGACGAGUCGAUGAAACCUCAGAGGGGCAAAGGCCUGAACGUACCGUCCACCCUCCGCAUCGAGAACUCGUGGCCGCGCGGCCGCGACAAAAAGGCGCCCUCCCCGGUGACCAGUGGUCCCCUCUUCGACAAACACAUCGACCGACUGCGUAAGGUGCACAACGCCGAAUUCGUUGACUACGAGAUGGAAAAGGGCACUUGGGUGUUCCGCGUCCCUCACUUCACCACCUAUGGUCUGGACUAUGACAGCGAUGAAGACGAAGAAGGUGAGGGCCUUGACCAAAGCACUUUGAGUGCUGCUCCUGACACACCGACUCCGAAGGCUCAAUCCCCGUUCGCCAACACCGUGGGCUCGGAGCAGACCACCUUCUCCACUGACGACUCCUUCGUUGGGUCGAUAGCCGGGGUCGAGGAUGACACGUUCGACUUCAAGAAGCGGAAGCUGGUCCCCGGCGCGUUCGGCAAUCAGGCCAUGGAGGUGAUGGCCGACGAGCGGUCUUUUUCGGAGGAGGGCACCGAGUCUUUUUUAGGGGACGGCUCCACGGGUUCAACAACUGAGCAGGAUGGCGACGACGACGUCACCGAGAGCCAGCAGUCUGGCGAUUCAGAAGUUGAAUUGGACGAUGGCGAGGAAAUGGAGAUGGCAGGCACCUUUCCCGACCUACGUCCUACCUUUCUACGAGCACUCGCAGCCGUCCUUGAAACCCUGGAACACGCCCCCAAGACCCGGCUCGACCUGACCGGGGACUGGGCCGAGCAUCUGCAACGCACUAUCAGUCCUCGGAAGCAGGACCGCGCCGCCUUGCGCGAGAUCCAGGCCAACGCAUUCAAUGACCGGCCGUUGCAGGACGACACGCCCAAGGGUUCCGAUGCCGAUGCGCGGCAGCAGAAGGGCUUUGCGACCAGUAUUGAUCUGAUGAACUCUUUGUUUCAGCAGCCCCGGAAACAGACGGCUCCGUCUCCGUUGAAGCCGCCGAGUGCUGGCCCUAAAGGCUUUGAGUGGCCCUACAACAAACGACCCAAAACUUAUGCUGGCGAGUCUAAUGAACUGAGCGGAGACGACCUGGCUUUUCAUCACUCGUUCAAACCCCGCUGGGGCCCGGUGGAUUCGAUGAUUUGUGUUAAAAGCGGAUGGGGCGGUGUCCAGUCAGGGGAUGACCGAUGGAAGUCCAAGUUAUCGGUGACAAGUGAGGAGAGAGAGAUCGUUCUGCUGGAAUUCCAUCCGCGAGGAGACGUGAACACGAUGAUCGACGUGCAACGGCAACAGUCGGCCAUCCGCCGCGUGGAUGGGGUGCCCUUGGCUCGUCUAGCCAGCCCCAACUUCCAGCAGUUCGCCCAGGCGGCAGCCACCCAACCGGACCAAGAGCGAUUGAUCUGGCAAUUGGCAAACGUUCUGUUCAAUGACGAUAUCGAAGAUGACAUCUCCGCGGCCGUGCCACCUCAGGUCCGACCAAAGUUUCUCCCCCGCAUCAAAAAAGACCGACUCAGUCGUCUGCUCGAGGGGAUCAUCCGCGAGAAGCACGCACGCGUCCUGGGCAAGGCGGGGUCGGCCGAAGAGCAGGCUGUGUACCUGCUCUGCUCGCACCGGGUGGACGAGGCGUGUAACGUCCUGAUGACCAGCCAGAAUCUCCACCUGGCGACGUUGGUCGCGCAGAUCGGCCGCGACCGGACGACGCGCGCCGACAUGGCACAGCAGGUGGAAAUGUGGCGGCAGCACAACGUCUCCUCCGAAAUGACCGAGCCCAUGCGGGCCCUCUACGAACUGCUGGCCGGCAACGCACUCCGCAGCGAGGGCAAGUCCGGCGGAGCCCUGGAGGACCGCUCCUCUUCGUUUUCCAUCACGGAGCGGUUCGAGCUGGACUGGUUCGAGGCGUUCGGCCUGCGCCUGUGGUACAGCAUUACCGAGGACGAGCCGAUCGAGGCCGCGGUGUCCAGCUACAUGCAGGACUUGACCAGCGGCGAGGAGACCGCCUUCCCCUACCCGCCCAACCAGACGGGCGCGGGCCGGGAAUCUCCCCUGUGGGUUCUCCUCAAGCUCUACGCUGGCACCGUCGGCGCGGCUCCGGGUCUGCCGGUGCAGGAGUUCCCCGCCGCCUUGAUGCCCGAAUGCGUGGGCGGCGACGCGCUCUCUAGUGGCCUGUCAUUCCCGCUGUACCACCUGCUGGCGGCGACAGUGGGCCCGCACGACCGGUUCCUGGUCAAUCCCGAGCAGGCGGAUCGACUGGUCCGGGAUUUCGCCUGGGAGCUCAGCUGCGCGGGCGAGCUGCAGCGGGCAGUGUUUGUUUUGCUGCACUUGUCCCGCCCGAUGGACCGGGAGCGCGGCGUGCGCGAGCUCUUGGCCCGCUUUGCCCCUCGGCUUCCCGAACCGGUCACGACCGCCGGGACCUCGGAUUCCGCAUGGGACGGUUUGACCAAGGAGCUCCAUGUCCCCGAGGCGUGGCUCUGGGAGGCCAAGGCGCUGUCGGCGCGGGACCAGGGCGACGCCGCCGGUGAGGUGGACUACCUAGUGCGAGCGAAGAACUGGACCGACGCCCACGCCACCUUUUGCCGGAUCGUGGGCCCAACCGCCGUGAUCGAGCAAGACUACGCGACUCUGGAACGACUGAUCUCAGGCUUCGGCGACGGACCCGAGAGCCAGGUACCCGGUUGGGCCCGCGGCGGCGGCGUCUACGAAGACUUUUUGCGACUAGCCACGGCGCGGGGCGGCGCCCGCGAGCGCUCGCGGUUGCGUCGACUGGUGCAGGCCUUGGGUGCGAUGGCCGAACGCAUGCAGGGGACGGGUGUGGAAGGAUUGGAGGAGCGUGUGGCUUUUAAGGAAAUGAGCCGACUAGUGGCGCAGUGGACGGCCCACGACGAGACGGCAGCGGAUCUCAGCCCAGCGGUACUGCGGUUGCCCUUGACGGGUGAUGCGCGCCUCGUGCAGACGGCCGAGAUGAGCCGACGAUACUUUGGAGCGAUCAUGGCUGGGGCUUAUUGA